AUGAUCGUUGUGUUGGUGAGGUGUUUGCGCAACUCUGCUGGGUGGGGCGCAGAGGAGCCUUCUCAUUUGCCUCCAGGUAGUGGGCCGGGCAUACGCAUGAACCUCGCCAAGCUUGGCUCUAGCAACGGCAUCGAGGUCGUGGACAGCAACAACCGCCACUUGGCUUUGCCCUCUGUGCGGGGAAGCCGUGAACUUGACACAGAGCCACCGAAGUGCAGGAUGCACCCCUUCCAACCUCAAAGUGAGACAUUGAGGAUGUCACAGCCUGCCAUGGCUGAGGGGCGAGCUGUGGCCAAUGCCGUCGCACAAGGUGUCAGCACGUACCACUUCAGCAAUUCCCAAGAAGCGGCUGCGCGCACGUCCCUGGCGGACUUGACGUUUAGCUCUCACAGCCAGGAGGCGAUGCCCAUGCAGAGUGCCCAGUCCCACACCACCAACGAGAGCGGGAGCACAUCGACAGCAAGUGCCAAGAGGAGCACACCUGCGAUGAUCCAACGCAAUGGGUCAAACAACGAUCUCGGGACACCGUCCACCCCAGCUUUGCAAGCUGGAGGUGCUUUCUGCGGAGGCACUUUCAUGGGACAGCGAAUUUCGAGCCCUUCAGGAACCUCGAUGGGCCAAGCCACGCCCAUGCAGUACGGCGUAACUGGGCCUGCGGGCUCUGACCGCCGAAGCUCCAGUGAAAGCAACACUGCGUCCUAUACGGAGACGGCCGGCCGCAGAUGGUCGCCAUCCUCGCCAAAUGGACAGCAUCGAGCGUCCGCAGACAGUGCCGAGACCGGGGGCUUCGUCUUCUCCAUGUUUGAGGAGAAUGACCUCAUCUCACCACAGGUGUCACGCCUGCAUGGCCGGACAAUUCCGGAGGAAAAGCAGAGUACCUUUGAUUUGGAUGGUCGCAAGGCGAAGAAUGGCAGCAACAAGGAAGCUUGGGCGCCAGGAUCGGCGCAGACCAUGCAGCGUCGCGUCUCGGAGGACCAGUGCGCACCACUGCCUCCUGCAGCAUCGAAGGCCACAAGCAAGAGGCCACAGACCAUUCGGAAGUCUCCGCUCCUUUGGACAGAGGACGAAAUUGCAGCGUUCAUGGGAUGCUUGGGUCUCAGCACUGACAUUUGUCAGCGCGUCAUGGGCCGCAAGAUCAAGGGAGCCUCCCAGCUUCUCAGUAUGACAGAUGCGCAGCUGCGGAAGUACUUGGGGCUGGUGACCCCGGUGGAGCGGCUGGUAGUCCGGCAUGCGCUGAAGCGACUGCUCGAUGCUGCUCGCUGGGAGAACAAUGUAUGUGGCCACAAAGGCAUGGACAUUCUUAGUGAUUCUGUCCUCAGUCACUAUCUCGUGCCGAAAGAGGAGCUGACACUGGUCUCAAGGAUCUCGCAGGGCGGUUAUGGAACUGUCUAUCGCGGAGUUCUGGAACCCAAAGUGGACCGUGCUGGUGGCACUUUUCAGGCACGAAGAACACACCUUGUGGCGGUCAAGGACAUGAAAGGUGAGCGCCGUGUCCAACUGUACGAGCUUCUGAAGGAGGCUUGCGUCAUGGCUUCUCUGAGCCAUCCCAAUAUUUGCACCUUCGUGGGAGUCAGCAUGGAUCCGGAGAAGAAGAGACACUACAUCAUUUCCGAACUGAUGGAUUGCUCGCUCUUCGACAUGAUUCACCAGCCUUACAAACUUCGUUGGCAUGGGGAGUUGACGGUGGCUCUGUCCCUGAGCCUUGGGACGGGCAUCAUCUCAGGAAUUUGCUACAUCCAUCAGAAAAAUCUUGUCCACGCUGAUUUGAAGUCAUCCAACAUCUUGAUUGAUUACACCUCGUCAUCGCGACACCCAGUACCCCGUAUUUGUGACUUUGGCCAUGCAGCCGUCCGGUGCCACCCCUCGCCGCACCACCGCUGCGGCACGCCUCACUGGGCCAGCCCCGAGGUGCUGCGCAGCGAGGCCCUGGGCCCGGCCGCGGACAUCUAUUCUUUUGGGGUGAUGCUGUGGGAGAUGCUGACACAGAAGCUCCCGCACAAGGACAUGAGCUUCGGCCAGGUCCUGGCAUCGGUAGGCUGGGCGGGCAGCACUCCUGACAUGGCUCAGCUGCCUGACCUCCCGAAGGAGGUUAGCCGGAUCAUCAAGGACCGACUGAGAGGGGUUGCCGAGAUGGUCGUGGAUCUUAACAAGGUUGCCAUGCUUUCGUGCUGCAUGGGCCUUCAUCCCACAUCCCACUGA